AUGUAUUAAUUCCUCUGCAGAUUUAAGAUUUAAUAAUUAAAACCUAUGAUUAAAAUAUAUUUAAAGAAAUCUUCUAUUUAAAUGACAAUAGAUAAGCAGCAUGUAUGGAUAUUAUUUUUACUAAUUUUCAAACUUGAUCAGAAUAUGAUUUAGUAAAUUAUUAAAUAAACCUACAUAAAUUUUAGAAUAAAGUAAUACUAUUGUUGGAAACCUUUUUAACAAACAAUACUGAUGCUAAAUAACUAUGAUUGCAAAAGUGAAAUACGAUAAAGAGAUGGAUUGAUCUUGAUUGAACCUAGUAAUAUGAGAGAACAUAAUAGGAAUCCAGAAAAGUAUAUUAUUAUAGGGUAGGGAAUUACUCUAGAAAAAGAAGGUGGACCAUUCAUAUUAAUCCACUAUUUUUCAUAAGAAUAUUGCAGCGAAGAUGUUAACUUCAAUUUUUGA